GAUGAUCUGAAUUUGCCAGCAGUUCCACCGAUAGAAAUCAGUGUUCCAUCCAACUACCCAUAUUCCAGUCCAGAGUGCAAGACUUCUAAUUAUAGUAUGUUUAUUAUUGGAUCUUAAUCCCCCAAUUAUACUAGUUUGCACAGCAAGGAACAUUCCCUAUACAUUUGCCUCAUUUUGGUGACAUGAUGAACACUGCAGUUUUGGCCAGUGCCUUACAAUACUCUUGACAUGAAACUGCCUAAAAAUAAUAGAAAUAUUACUGAUCUUUAAUCAUGCUUCUCUUUCUAGAUGCCAAUCCAUUUCUUCAGAAAGUUCAGAGGCAGCUCUCUUCACGACUUCAGCGCAUGCCUGAAAUGUACUCGGUUACUUCCGUGUUGGAUGCUUGGGUAAGUGAUGCCUCUAGAUCAAACACCUUAAAUGCUAAAGGUUUGAAAUUCAGUUUUACUGAAAAGUUGGAAGCUGAUACCCUGUGCUAAAGCAGACACGAACAGCCUUUAGCUUUAAACUUUUCAAACAAACAUGUGUUUUAGAAGACAACUGUGAGGAUCCCAUUAGUGUCUGCUUGAUACAGUUUUUACCAUAAAUGGUAAUUUAAAGGUCUUGCAUUGUAUACUAAUAAACACUAAUAUAUGUUUUGCAGGAGUCAAGUAUACGACUUGCAUGCAAGGCAGAGGUUACAGUAAACUAA